CGCGAUAAAAGGCUGGUGGAAUGUUGAAACCGUAAAAUCUGAACGAAAAGUAUUCGAAAAGUAGACCUUCGGGAUCGACAGCGAAGAGAAACGGCAGAGGAUUGGUCCGUUCCAUUGAAAAUAGUGCCAAAGGUGUGUGGUCAUUGGCCGUGCGGCUUACCCCCACGUGAAUCCGCAAGCUAUAUAGAACACCUCGCGUGGAAUUUCAUCUUCAGAACUGAGAGUCAGUGUCAAGGAAGUCUACCUGGAAGUAACGAAAAUGAAAUACAAUCAGUACGUGUCGCUAUGCUUGGUGGCGCUUGUUCUUGGACAAGCAGCAUCACUGCCACAGCAUCCUCAAUAUCCGCAACAGUUCCAACAGCAGGUGAGGGACGAGAGGAAAUUCGCGGAGAAGCCAAACGCUAUGAAGAAGGUCGCCCUCGAUGACCUGGAUGACAUCAGCACCAAUCAGAUUCAAGAAGGUAGCAGUACCGGGUUUUCGUGGUCGAACAUGUUGAGCAUGCUGAUGCAGAUGCUCUUAGGGCAAACAGGCGGUGUAGCCGGUCCAAGCAAAAACGAGAUCGACGAUGGAGCACCAACCAGUCCUUGGGCAAAUUUACUGUCAGUAGGACUCAGAGUGCUCACCGCUCUUCUAGGAGGUCCUCAACAACCUGUCGAUGGUAUCGACAAGGUUGACAACCAGAGCAGCCCCAUGCAGGGCAUUUUGACUGCGGUGCUGGGCGCGUUUCUAGGACAGGGCAGAGACCCCGAUCAGGUUGCUGUCAUGGCUAAAAACGCUUCCGAGUUCAUUAGCAUAGUGAUCAAUCUUCUGGACGCGUUGAAGACCUCGUUCUCUCAUCGUUCCCUGGCAGCUAGGUCUAUGGGAAGACGGGACACGGUUUCAGAAGCUGCAGUCGCCUCCAUUUCCAUGCUCAAGGGCUACAUGAGGUCAGUGAAGUCAUUUAAUAACGUUGGUCGUGCGGAAGAUGAAGGUCAACGAGGCUGUGCCGAAAGAGCCCUCUGCGAAGCCAGUGCAGAGUGUGUUGCAGAUGCUCAGGGGACGUCUUCUAUCUUCUGUCAACUUGGAUCGUACGCGACAAGUUACCUGCUCCAAAGGCAGAGCGGAGUAGGUUUCGAAGCACUGUACGAAGCAGGUCGACGUGGACGCACCGGUGAAGACUGCAGAACCCUGUUCAUGGACUGCAACGCCGUAUGAAAACCCUUUUCGAUUCCUUCAAGUACGAUUUAGACUCUCUGCGACGCGACUAACACCGCACUCGGUUAUUUCUAACUUCUCUAAAUUAAACUCAACGAGGAAUUCCGUUUAAAAUGAUCAUUUCUUCGUUAAAAGUUUCUCUAUCAAUUUUUGGAGUGUCUUGCCGUGUGUGUCGUGUGCCGAAGUUUAAAUCGCACCGAUGGAAGAGUAGCUUUAUACGCGAGAACCGUGUCGAGACCAAACCAGAAUGGUGAUCCUCUCUCGAAGCUCUCGUUCGACGAACUCGCCUCAUCGAUCGACCAAUUUUAAAUUGGAACAUUUAGAACCGAGACUAAGUCGAAGCGAAAUUAUAACGAAAGUAAGAUCCGAUCGGAAUUGACGAAAUCAUAGGUUUUAUUGAUCGAUUAAUGAUCAAUUCUUAAUACAUUGUUGACCAGUCAAUAGUAAACUCGUGUUUGCACGCACGGAAGUUGUGGCUGGUGAUACAACGUUCAUCUUUGGGUAAAAUAUCAAGCGAUAUGCAUCAGUGUUUGCAUAAAAUAGCCAGUGAACAGUGUGUUAACUUAUUGGUCGAUCAACGUGUCCGAUAGCGUUGCUGUUAAUUGGUCGAUAAUCCGUAACGAUUGAUAAAACUCUCCGAGUUCUCUGGGAUGUGGAAACGUUCCUGGCGGAUCCUGCGAGUUCAUUUACGUAAAAGGAGUUCGCGACAGAGAGGAAUACGCGUGAGAAGAGGCCGCGCACGAACGAAUGGCGAGAGUAUAAUACACUUUAAAGUAGAUGUAGACUGAAUGAGAUUCCAGGGCCUGGACGAACUGUGUACCGUUUGGACAGGUCUCUACGACAAUCACGAUAUUUAUUUCUAUUUAUUGAACUUAGUGGACAUAGAGUUAGCCCGUAGUCGAGACUCGAACAGCUACCACGCAAAGGGAGGACCCGUUCUUUUCCUUGAAAAUCAAUUAUCGAACGUUAAUUGUAAUAUCUGCAUUGUUAAUCUCUGUUUGAAUUGAAUCUGCGUUUUCUUUUUGCCACGAUCCGAGUCGACAUCUUCAAUAUUUAAUCUCUAGCUUGUUCGCAUUUAGCGAGACAGUUUCUUCGUUUCGGGGAGGAAGACGAGCUUUGAGUUGUCGGAUGUUUUACGUUUGGUAAAUCAGAUUGAUGACUUUCUUCGAAUCUUUUUCUGGCUUGUUUCAAUGGGAUUCGAGGAAAUUCAUAUGUUGGAAUGCCCCUCCCUAGUUUUCUUUUUUACGAGUUAACGUCUCAGGAUAUUGUGUUUGUUUUAUCACCCGCUCAAAAUUAUCUAUUGUAUAUAGGUAUUAUAUAUGUAUACACUAAACACACACACACACAAACAAACAAACACACGGGUGGAGUUUUUCGCAAUAGCCACGUUCUAUUUAGCUCAGUUAGCGUAUCUCUUAGACGUAAGUUGUAUGUAUGAUGUGCGGUACGAUGAUAUCUCAAUUGAAAUUAAUAAACGGUCUUAUUGAUAAA